AUGCAGCGCCGUUGGAACAGAACUGGAUUGAAAGUCCCGAAGAAUGCUGAUCACUGGUGUUCCGAGCUCCCUGCUCACCAUACGACGUCAAGUGAGAAGAACGCAGUUCUUUACGGCGAGUUCAUGUUGUCUAAAGCGGAGCAGAGUUUGGAGUAUGUUCCCUGCUAUGCUUUCUUGGUAUUUUUACGUCUGAGUGCGCAUAGCGCACCGGUUCAGCUGUACCCAGUUAGAGAUACCGCAACACGUCCGAAGCUAACUUGCAACCGUGUGCAGAUGUUUGCGAGUAGCUCCGGGGCGUCUUCUAGGCCUAGAGGGCACGCUAUGACUCGUUUUAGUGCUGACGGGUUUCUGCUUUGCCGCAGAAUAGUUCAGCCGAAACUAAAACUCGGAACAGCGGACUUGAGGGUUCGGCAACGCUGGCGGCUGAGACGCCUCCGUUCUGCGGGUCCGCAACGCCAGCAGGAAGGCUACAUGCUCCUGGACGGUUUUUUUCGGCAGUUUCAGAGUGUGGUAGAGGGUUUGCGCAGGCUAGCGCCGCUAUCUGACGCAACGAGCGCGCCACCGGUUAAGCUGCGACUGCGCAAGUUAGACCCAACUCCAGAGCUUUACAACAUAGAGGAGGAGGGUCUGGUCCCGCUCGUGCUCGUUGCUGGUGCAACUGGACGCACUGGGCGCCUUGUCGUCCGCAAGCUACUUCUCCAGGGUUUCCGGGUGCGUGCACUCGUUCGGGACCUGCGCCCUGAAACACUCGAUGAACUCGGUACCGGGUGCGAGUAUGCAAAAGCGGACCUACUCGAUAAGGACUCCGUACUGGAGGCGCUGUACGGUGUCGAUAAAGUAAUAUGUGUGGUUUCUGACGAGUCGGAGCGUGAGACGGAGGCCAUCACAAACCUAAUUCGAGCAUUCCAAGAUGCGAGGUUUUUGGAGUUUGGUCGCAAGGACUCGGCCAAAAUUACGAUUUUCAAGUUUAACAAGCCUAGACAUUUUGCACUGUGGGCGCGUCCUGAAAAUCUUCAAACUGCUGUUGUCAAGGCUUAUCAGAAUGAAGUGGGUAACGUGGACCAGCUUCUCCAGGAUAAUAAUGAGGACCAGAGCGCUCCAGUAAUGCCGCAGGCCGCAAUGGAAGAGAGCGGGCGCCUGCGGGAUCCACUUUCGUCAACUUUCUUCCAACUGAACGACUUUGGUAACGCUGUUUUUCAUGGAAAAAUACGCGACAUUUAUAGAGGUCAAGCAGAGGUCUUCACAACGAGCUUCGCGCGCAAACCGCUGAACUUCCAGGGAUUCUCCGGUUUGAUUCUGCGUUGUCUCGGUGACGGCCAACGCUACUCGCUGAUCAUCCGAACCAAGUCCGGCGAUAGGGCAGGCAUCCAGUUCAUUUCGACGUUCUCUACUACUCCAUCCAGAAAGUGGAUUACGCUGCGCUUCUCGUUCCCUGACUUUAUCCCUCAGCGCACGAGUGAUGGUGCCCUCUUGCAAGCAGAAAUUCGCGAUGCUAGUGUCUACGACUUUUCAGAGAUCACGCAAAUCGGCUUCCUUUAUGAGGCUCGAAAUAACUUGAGCAUCCGCUCACUUAGUAACCCUGGCUCCCGCAAGGGCACUUUCAUGCUUACCCUAGACUAUAUGAAAGCUUUCCGUACUCAAGAUGAACCCGAGUUCGUGCUCGUUUCUUGUAUGGGCACCCACGCGGAUAUGGAAGAAAUCAGCCGCAAGCGAUCCAUCGAGGAUGCGCUGAAAGCCGGUGGUCUCUCCUAUUGCAUUAUACGAACUGGUGUGCUCACUGACGAACCGGGCGGCGUAACCAGCAUCACGUUCGAUCAGAGUCAGAUACAGGGCCGAGGCCUCCCAUCGGGCGUCGUUGUAUCGGAGAUCGUUCGAACGCCAUUCACGAAAAAAAUAUCCCGGGCGGAUGUUGCGGAUGUAUGUGUCGCGAGCCUGCUCGAUGCACGUGCGUGCAAUGUUACAUUCAAUGUGUUCUCGAGUGCGUACGCACCCACAACCAGGAUCCCAACGCGGAACUAUAGUGCGCUGUUUGAGACGCUGAAGCCAAAUACCUAG